AUGUGGGUACAGCAUCCUGAGAUGCUGCCAGCAAGCAGUGAUCGAAGGAGGAGAGGUUGCCGAGGCCAGGCCAGAAGACUGAAUUCUCGUCCAUCCACAGACAACAACAGCCCCCACUUGGUCAGCACCCAGCCCCUGGAGGGGAACAGGAUGUUAGAAGCGGACCACCUGAUCUGCAAGCGGUCUAAGCCACAUACAGCUUUUCCAGGCGCGGGGUCGGCCGAGGGCGGCUGCAGGUUGGAGCCGGGCCCCGCGUGCGCGCCCGCGUCAGGCGCCGAGGCCGGAGCCGUCAUUCCGGCGUCUGGAGCCCAGAACCCGGGGUGA